ACGAAGACGAUUAAAGAAACAAUCUGUCGAUAGUUACAUCAGGCGCAAAAUAUUAAUAAAUUUUAUAUUGAUAGAGAAGAUCGUUUUCUUUUCUCGCAUAUAUGUAUUCCGCAUGCCGAUAUACGAGUCGUUAGAUAUCGGAACAAUAGGCUGUACACUUCAUCGUCCUUCUCCGUUUUCAUUCGCUGUGUUUCCUCUUUCGCGUCUCGCGUUCUGGUCGAUCCUCUCUCUGUUAGUACAUGCUUUACCUUCGUGUAUGACACUUUGUUCGAAUCUCGUGACAUAUUCCGCUCAUUGUCAGUGCUAUCCAUUUUUUGUAAACAAAUGAGUUUUUAAACUAUUUUCACAUUUUCGAGAGUUAAAUAUAAAUUAUUUAUUAAACAACAGAAUUUUUUUUUAAUAGUUUAAUUUCCUAUGUAUCGCAAAUGAAUCAAAUACUCGACAUAAAUAAAAGGAAUGUUUGAUCACUUUUUCCUGUUAAAAUUGUUUAUCCCGAUCUCGAAUGAAGAAAUGAACAAAUGUGAUACAUUGGAUCGCGUGAUCUUCAAACUGCACUACGUGUAUGCGUUGCGCCUUUGCUGAACAUAAUUGUCAAAUUUUCAAGGGUUGAUGUAGAGAGCUUGUUAUUCACAUAAUGAAUGCCGAGGAAGUUAAAGUGGGCUGCUUUCAAAUGAUGCUGGUAUUAUUGCUCGGAAUAAACUAUGUCAUCGUCGCUAUGAGUCAUGCAUUACUAAUUUUCCAUAAUUAUACACCAAAAUUUUAUUGUCAGGCGAAAGACUCACCGUAUGAGACCUAUGGCUGCCAAGAGACUGCGAAUUUGUCGAUUGUUGCCAAUCUAACUUCCGUGUUGCCAAAAGUGCCAGUCCUUGCGACUUGUUCCGGCGAAUAUCGUUUCGUGACGGAGUUUGCAGAGAACAGCGUUGUCACCGAAUGGAGCUUAAUAUGCGAAAGACGGUAUCUAUCUUUCCUCGGUCCGACUGUUUAUUAUAUCGGAGUUCUUUUGGGUGCGUGGAUUACCGGAUUUUUGGCCGAUUGUAUCGGGAGACUUCCGGUCCAAGCGAUAUGUCUUUACGCGCAAGGAACGAUGGCGGUAGCACUCUACAUGGUACAGAGUUAUCCUGCGUUUCUGGCGCUGCGUGGUCUUCAAGGGGUAUUCGUUCAAGGCUUGCAGAAUUCCACAUAUAUUCUCUCUUUGGAGCUGUUCCCAGCGCGAUUUCGCACUUUCGUCGCAUUGAUUAUGCAGAUCUCCUGGUCGAUCGGUCUCGUAUUGCUCGCGAUACUCAGCUACAUGAUUCCCGAUUGGCGAAUUUUACAGUUGGCUGUUUCCGUGCCUACUGCGAUCACUGUGUUGUAUAUUUGGAUUAUACCAGAAUCGCCGAGAUGGUUACUAGCUAAAGGAAAAUUGACAGAGGCCGAUAUAGCUUUUGAAAGAAUCGUAAAGUAUAACAGUUGCUGUAUCAGAUCGCGACCGGAGAAUAUCCUUUUGCAAGAAGCAUGCGUGAAAGGUAACGCUACACCGAUAAAACCAGAAAGGAAGUCGCGCGUCACUAGCGUUGAACUAAAGAAAGCGAAGGCGGAUGAAAAUCAACAGGAAGAAGUUACGAGUUUGUUGAACCACUCAGAGUCAACUGAACGAAAAGUUAUAGAAAAAACUUCAGAAGUAAAUUCGGUGAAUAUGGAAAACAGUUUUUUUACUUUGGAUUUACACCGAGAAACGCCAAGUUCCGUGAAAAAUUUCGAUGAGAAAAAUCUGCCUUCUAGUUCGAUUUGCGAUCAAAACUCGAGAACAAUUUCACAUUUAAAUGAUCAGAGGAAGAUUUCCCUGAAAGAUACGGAGAUAGUAUUGCAUAAAAUAAAGAAAGAAAACACGAACAAAAAUGAACAGAAGACAGAAAAUAAACAAAAGAAGCAGACGAAUAAAAUGAGCUCAAUAUUCAAGAACAUGUCGGAAUCAUUGACGUUAAGAAAACACAGUGUUAUAAUGAUUUGUCAAUGGUGGACAUCUGCGAUGGCAUGCGGCAUAUUUGAUGAUUUAAUACCAAAUUUUUCGAUUAAUAGACAUAUAACGUUUGCUGUGGGAGGAGCUCUCGAGAUAGCAACGUACACAUUUGUAUACUUUGUAGUAUCUAAACAUGGUAGACGGCUGUCAAUGUGCAUAUACCAAUCCUUCAAUGGUGCUAUUUGUAUUAUAAUUGCAAUCUUUCUCAUUUUAAAAACUACUACUACACCGUGGAUCGAUCUUGCGAAAACGAUAAUGUUGCUGUUUGGCAAAGUGACUGUUGCGAGUACUAUAUCCAUUGGCUACUUGUAUACCAUUGAAAUAUUCCCAACAAUAAUACGAGGUAGUUGCUUAGGUUUAUGCGUGGUAUUCGCAAAACUCGGCAGCCUAAGCAUGCCAUAUUCGCUGCUGUCGGAACAACAUAUACCACUUCCAGUACCGUUAUUAACUGUUGGCAUAUUGUGUCUCAUCGGCGGACUUUUGGUUCUAAUUUUACCGGAGACUCUCGGUACAAUUUUACCAGACCGAAUAGCGAGUGUGGAGGAUAUAAUCGAUGACAGCAGUUGCAAGAGAGAUAGCAUUAAUAUAGAAAAUGAUAUAGAAAACAAUAUGACAGAUAGACAAAUUCUAAGGGAGAAACUCUUUUCAGAAGACUGGGUGGAUGCUGGCAAUGGAAUUCUGGUGAAUUUUACGGAAAAUAAAAACAUCGAAUAAUCUAGACAGUAAUUUUAUGUAAAAAGUAUGUUCAUUUUUAUUAAAUAAAUAUCACGCGCAUAUUAUCUUUCUCCCUCUGUUUUUC